AUGGGUAAAGCUUACGAUGGCAAAAAGCGGUGGAAUGAGACCAUUUUGGCCACAACAAGACGGGACUUUGGAGCUGGAGGUCGACACAAUGCUACAAAGAAGCGCUUAUCUGGGAGAACACAUAAGCUGAGCGCUGCAAUGAAACGUGUAGACGAUAUCACACGUAAUGAAGUUCGUAAUGCUCGAUUAGAUGCCUUAGAAGAGGAUAACUUUGGCGAAGACGCAGACGAAGGCGACGGAACUCAAGACGAAGCGUAUGUGGAUGUGGAGGAAGAUGGUUUAGUUGCAUCAGUUUUAGAUGAAAGAGAACCAAUAAGGAAGAAAAGGAGACUUACUAUGCUGGGUAAGAAAAAGUGGAAAGUCAAGAGUUUGGCUCAAUUGGUGUUUGAAGAAUUGGGCAAUGGAGACAUUGCCGAAGGACCGAAUUACUUGACUGCUGCAGUCGGUCCUCCUACACACCCCGUAAGAAGAUUUUGUUGUGUGUGUGGAUUUUUUGCAAACUACAAUUGUCGGAGAUGUGGAUCAAGGUAUUGUAGUGUCGGGUGUGGAGAUCAACAUAAAGAGAGUGGCUGCAUGAAGUUUGGGCUAUAA